GCGGCGGACCCCGGACUCUCGGUCCCUCGGUGCGUGGCGCUCUCCCCCUCCCGCCCCGGCCCCCCGGCGGCACCGAGCGGAGGAAUCUGACUGUGAAGGCUUGCGUGUUAUGACGACCCCCAACAAAGGAAACAAAGCCUUGAAGGUGAAGAGGGAGCCAGGUGAGAAUGGGACCAGCUUGACAGAUGAAGAGCUGGUGACCAUGUCUGUGCGGGAGCUGAACCAGCAUCUGCGGGGCUUGUCGAAGGAGGAGAUAAUCCAGCUCAAGCAGCGCCGGCGGACCCUGAAAAACAGAGGCUAUGCUGCCAGCUGCCGUGUCAAGAGGGUGACGCAGAAGGAGGAGCUGGAGAAGCAGAAGGCGGAGCUUCAGCAGGAAGUGGAGAAGCUAGCCUCAGAGAAUGCCAGCAUGAAAAUGGAACUUGAUGCCCUGCGCUCCAAGUACGAGGCACUGCAGAACUUCGCCCGUACCGUGGCCCGGAGCCCUGUCACCCCUGCCCGGGGACCACUUGCUUCAAGCAUGGGGCCCCUUGUGCCCGGCAAGGUUGCCACCACCAGCGUCAUCACAAUAGUGAAAUCCAAAACGGACGCCCGGUCUUAGUGAAACGAGCACCGCCUGGGCUUGUGUGUGCAGGGCAGAUAGGCACAAAGCUCAUCCGGAAUCCCCAAAGCACAACCCUCACCCAGAAGGCCCAGCCACACAGGCACACGCUGGCCUGCUUGUCACUGCAGUCCCCUUGUUUUUUAAGCUUUGUUCUGGUUGAUGUGACUGAUGGUGAUGCAACCCUUCUGUGUGAGCAGAACCUUCCACCCAGGGUAUUCUGGGAAUAGAAGCUGAAGGACCUCAGUGUCCUAGCCAACGGGAUUCUCAGCAGCAUAGAAUAGAUUUUUGGGGCGGAAUAACCUGAAAGAGGGAGGUCAUAGAAAGUUGGAAGUCCUGCUGUCAGUUUCUUCUGAUGAUUUAUACUAUUCUUCCAGGAUUGUGUGUCAGCUGUCCAAUCUGCUGCUUGUAAAUUGCUUGGUAUCAGUGACUAUAAUGGGGAUAGUUUGUGUAACCGUUUUUAUAUUAACAUCCAGUUGCACCUCUUGUGUUUAAAAGUGGGAUUCCUCGGGACUUUUCCUGAACAGGGAGGGAAGGGGCAGAACUGCAGUUCCCUGGUGUCUGUGCUGCAGAGAAGGGAAAGGAGCCAGGAAUGGGCACUGUCUUGACCUGACUGUCAGGAAGAAGGCAGGCUGUACCGUGGUGACUACAGGCCAGUUUUGUGCCUAAUGUGUUGCACUGAACAAGACCAAAAUCACUAGUUGUUUUGUGUUUGGAGAGUAUCAAGUGUCUCUAGUGUGAUGGUUUACACAACCAGUUUAUGUGGUUUAAAUAGCCCUUUAUUUAAGAGAGAAACAUUCAUUUUAAGAGUUAUGAAAUGAUGUAAGUUUCAGACUUAAAAUUGGACAAAACUUGUAUUUAACAGUCUCCUUUUUAUCCUGAGAGGGUGAGAAUAUUUGAUUGUUGUAUUCUCGGAGACGUUGCUAGUUUAAAAAGAAGUAGUAAAUUUUAAAAGUUUCUCAUUAAGUCUUUGUGGCUCCGAGGUUGGUUUUUAUAAAGAAUUAUCAGACUUUUAUUUAUAAAUAACAUAGGGGAAAAAACAAAACAAAAAAAGGCUAGUCCUGUUUGAUAUCUUUUUGCAAUUGUACCAAAAGUGACUUAUUCUUGAACUCCUCACCUGCUUCUUUUGUGCUCCUGUUGUGUUGAGUUGUCUGUGCUCUGAGGUCUUGUGUGGCGCUGUGAUGUGAUGGUGCCAAUGGCCAACUUUGCUGUGUGGGUGUCCUGUGAGCAUUUUUUUUGUUUGCUUUUCCUGGGUUGAGCGCAGAGAUUUUCUUGGGCAUUUCCUAUGGACAUUCUGAAGGUUCUGCCUUAUGGAAAGGUUAUCUUGUCAGAGGAAAUGGCUUCCCAGGUCACUGAAGCCUCUGAGGUCAGUCUGCUCGUCUAAGGUGUGAUCAAAACUGCUUGAUGACAGCUAGCAGAGAAGUAUAGCAUUCACUUGUGUCACAGCGCCCAGAGUUUGCUUCCUUAGUGAUCCUGGAUCUCUCCUGCUUAAUAAAGAUGGAAGUACAUCCUAAGAAGCAGUGUUUAGAGUUGGCCUACAGAUCUUAUUCCUGUUGGUACACUUUUGGAGCAGGAUGCUUCUGCUGCUGGUACUACAGUCAUUUCCUUUUAAUUUCCCUCCUUGGGCAUAUCUGGAAAUGCUUAGGAAGGUGAGCUGGAGAUGGCAUAAAGGCUACAGACUCUGUGCUGGUCAGUGUGACCCAGGAAAGUUCAGCUUCACAAUGCUGUCUUCUGGAUGUUUAGAAAGUGUCACUGGAAGCCCAAUCCCCAAGUUCUGUAAAGCGGCUCUGACUGUGCCUGGCUACCCUUCGACAGCUGAUCUCUUUUGAUGGGGAAGGGAGAGAUUAUACUUUCUAUCCAGCAGCUGUUGGUGGUCUCCUUAUUGAGGGGGGACAUGUUGUACUCAGUAUAUAUUUGUUAAAAUUGUUACAGGUGGGCAUUUAAAUACUUAGGCUUUGCAGGCUAAACAGUUGCCUUCACCACCAGCAUAGUAAGUGAAUGGUGAUGAGCUCUCAGAGAGGGUGGUAGAGAAAAUGUGUUCAGAUUUUCUUUCGCACAUAUUCUCCUUGUGCUGGUUAAACCAUGAUCACCGUCAGUUUUCUGACUGGUAGUAGUCUGAUUCUCAGUUGUAGAAUCUAGGUCACACAUGUGAGGUCUAGAAAUGUGCAUGGCUGAUGUUGGGCACCGCAGAAUCCGGCUCUUUUUCAGGAGUGUAAAAAUGCCGGCUUUCAUGUUAACAGACUCUUGGGCCCUAAUGGCUUCAUCGCUGGGGAAAAGCUAAAUGUAUGUGUAAAGAAGGGUGUCAAAUUCAAAGGACCUGGAGAGUCAGAUCUACGUAGCAGAUGUUCAGGAACAGCAUUCAGUGGUUACACCAGAAAUGUGUUCACCUCAGUUGAAUGAAACUCAGUUCCUGAAAGGCCUCUUCUUAAUGCCCACCCACUGCAAGACUUUCAGAGUCUGGACUAUACCCUGGGCAGGGCAAUACUUACAAUGGAGGCAGGGAAGAAAAAGAGCUUUAAAAGAGGAUUCGCUGCCAAAGUCCUCUUCCUGAUGUCUGCUGGCUCUCCUUGAGUGCAUGCAUAAACCACCUUACAGGAGUCAGUGCAGGUUUUUUCCACUGUGGAAUAAGCUCUGCUUCUCCCCAUCUUCAGUCCUCUACUGACCUCUGAAUCCAGCACAGCUUUGCCCCUUCUCUUCUGCCCACUCGUGUUUUGUGCAGAUUUCUGGAUUUUUUUAAAAAAUCAGGCACUUGGUAUGUGCCCAUGUAAAUGUUUAUUCUUGGUGCUCUUGAAAAACAAAACAAAUUGAACAUGCUGCUGGCCAAGUAGUGGUAGUGAGGAGAUAGUGGAUUUGUGAUUGCCAGAAGGGCUAGCCAGUUAGCAAUCUACAUCUGGAUUCUGUUGAAAAUAGAAUUAGUAACUCUAAAGCUCCAUUUAGUUCGGAAGAUUGUACAAAAAAGCUGUGAAGGCGGAUCCACUGUGAGCUCCCAGCUCAAGAAAUUCGCUCCUACUCCACUGCUAUGAACUCUUAAAAUUGCAAGCUUUCCCUCACUUAAUCUCCUUGUAAACAUCCCAGCUAGCCUUUUGCCAUGCCUUGGUAGGCUGGGGUACUUUCUGUGAUGCUGUUUGUGCAAAUGGAUAAAGAGAAACUUGGGAAUAAGCUACAAAGAAGGGGGGUGGGAGACAAAGGAGCUCUGGUGUGGACACAAACUUGCCUUGACUGAAGAUUCCACCAAAAUUCACAAUCCCCACUUUACUUACUGUACAUUUAGAAGGAACAGGUAAGGGGCUAAUGUUGGGGGCAUAUGCUAGUAGCUCUUGGCAAGCCAGCAACUUUUCUUAAUUAAGACCAGUAAGGUUUCUAGCUCUGGAAGUGAUUGAGCUUUGUAGAGUGUCUUGGGGGUACUGCGGGCCAUGUUGGGUAAGGGACUGCAUGUUGGGUAAGGGAGAAGACCCCAGGCCGAUAAUACCUCUGGUUUGAAAGAUUUAGAAACAAGUGUUGGUCUGUCUGAGGUUGCUGUGGCCCGAGCUUUCCUACCUUUCAUUAUUUCUUAUCCCUCUGCCUUUAAACACACAUUCCCCUUCAUCCCUAAGUUGUGUAUACUUUCUUCCCUCCAUUGCCCUCUGCCUUCUAGGGCUUGCCAAAGAAAUAUAAAUUCUGUGAAAACCAAACCAGUUGUAAUCUGAGUAAGCAAUAUUUAUGCACACUUGUCAGACUUGUAAAACCCAAUAGCAUGUAACAUGGGCUUUCUGAUCACCAAAUUGAGAAGGAAGGGGUGGGUACCAAAAUUAAAUUUUAGGCCUUCUGAUCCUCGACUUGCACAAAGGAGAGUCCAGUAGCCUGGACUGUUGAGUUCACAGAUAGCAGCUCUAUUCUUGCUGUCACUGCUCAAGAAUCUGCCUCUCUGUUUCACAAUGGUGUGCUUCUCUGUACUGUAUUUGCUUACAACCCCAGGGAAAGCAGUAUAAUGACACUUGUGAUCGUUCCAUACUUUGGUAUUUUAAAUGCAGCUUGUGUGUUAAUGUGGUUUGUAGGGCUCCCUUCCUAGGGCAUAAGUAUCUCCUUAGCAAAAUGAACAGUUCAGAAAUCCAUGCUGGCUCUCUUGAAACUAAUGCUGUCAUGGUCAUAUAACUCUAAACAAAUUUUUAACUGCUCCCUGGAGUUGGCUGGGCUUCCAUUGCUGCUUCCUCCUAAUGAGUUGUUUACUUCCCUGUUAGAUUUCAGAUAAUGUUAGAUGUCUCCCCAUAGCAAAUCUCCCUUUUAGAAUUGCACCACUUGCCGCUUUCAAGGCCUCAGAAGUGUGUGGCUGUCUGCGGUCAGGUUUGUUGGAGGACGUUACAGGUGCCUACCCUUGUAGCGUAUAUCAGGCAUGUUUGGCUCUGGAACAUUUGAGGGACUGAAACUGAAAUGGUGAAUCUUCCAGCACCCAGGGACCUUUUGCACCUCCAUCUUCUCCAACCCAUUUUCAAUGUGUCUGCUUCUAGUAUUCCUGGGUUUUUCCUGUGUUCUUCCCUUCCCAUCUCUUAAGCCCUCACCCUCGAUUUCUCUCUCUGGUAUAUAGCAUUCAGAGUGUGAUAGUUCUUGUUUUCAAGGUGCUUGUUUGUUUGUUUGGUUUUCCUGCUGUGAAGGGUGUUGUGUUUUUAUUUCUCAUUUUUUAUGGGGCAUUUUGUUUGAUGCAACAGGUGAGGGAGCUUUUCUUUCAACCUGGCUGCAGAGCAAACCUGUGAAAUGUAAUUCCGCCCACAUGUGGCUGACUUGUGCUGGGGGUGGGGUGGGGCUUGUUUAUGUUGUGGUGAACUGUGUAAAAGUGAUCUCUUGAAUUUUAAAAUAAUUACUACUUCCCCACAAAAAAGCAACAGGAACACUGCAGGUUAGGAGCCAGGGAACUUGACAUCUGGGCACGGAGACUGCUCAGAGUUAGCAAAUGAGGCAUGUGCUCUUGGGGGCGAGUGCGUGCAUGUGUGCGUGCAUGUGCAGUAAGGCACUGCAUUUCUGGUAUUCCUUGUGUCCAUAUUUGUUUAUUUAGUGACCCUUGUAUAUUUGGCUCACUCCAGAAAAGUUGCAGGAUGGCAUCUUAUUACACCACCUACAAACAAAAUCACCACUCUUGUAUACUGAUGAAGGGUUACACUGUGUCUAAAUUCUAGGUAAGCUAUAGUGGUACUUUGCUUUCCCUCCCACUGCAAUAUGGAAAGAAUUUACUGGCAGAUGUCUCAAAGCUGUCUUUGUCAGUAAGAACAAGUGCUAUUUCACAUGAAUAUUCCUUUCCUGUUUGGUAACAUAGCUGCUUUCUCUGAUAAAGCAAAAAGGGGCUGGGGCUGCAAAAACAGUAUUGCACCUCCUCCGUACAGAGAGACCAGGAAAAGAUAACAGUAAAGGUGUGAACUUUUGACAAUUUCUUCCAAAUAGGAAAGAUGACUCUUCUCAUCUCCCUACCCCAUUAGCUGAUGUAUAUAAGCUCUGGAUGCUUGUGGCUGUUACCUGUGUGAAUGAGAGAGACUGUGUAGGUGUUGAAUGAGUAAUCUCGUUCCCAAAGAAGUUAAGCUACUGCCUGGCUAGGGUAAGAGGAGCUGAGAUCCCAACGUGGUGUGAAACCAAACUCUUAAUUGUCCUCACCUGCAGUUUGCUCUGAGUAUAUUACACCCUUUGCCAAACUGGAAUAUUAUGGUGGGAAAAACAGAGAUGAUAUUCAGAGCACUUAAUGAAAUGGGCCGAGGGCAGCUUCUUCCCAUCUUUAAAGUAUUGAGGAUGUGGUUCUUACAAGAUAUUGACGAUAAAUUCAGUGCUGCUUUCAAUGUUUCUUAAAAAGGGGAAAGAUGAAUAUUUUGAUUUUACAAUUCUCCAGAGCUAAUAAAACUGGAGAUAAAUUCUAUGUGCCAGGGGUGUAAUAGCAUAUUGUCAAGUCCUGGAGUUCUGCUGUACAACAGUGGAGCCCAAGUAAUUAAUCAGUAUUUAUUGCUAAAUUAUUGUCCUUUUUAAAUCUGUAGAUAUAACUGUUGGGGAAUUUGUUGACACAGCCCCAGUGGAGGUGUUGUUAAUUUAUUUAUGUAUAUAGUGUAUGUUUGUUGAUAUGAAACAUUCUUUAUUUUGUAUAUGACCAAUAAACAUCUUUAAAGAG